GAGGGAUGACAUGGAUUUCACUCCAUCAUGGUUCAGGUAAGGCGGUGCUAUAGCUAGAUUUGAUUUCCAACAAUUAAUGUUAUUUUUAUUUAUUAUCCAUUUUUAGAGAAAUAAGGUCCUUAAUUCUGUGACAGUAUGCCUUUAAUCUGUAGCAUGCUCUCUAGUUGUAAAACGUUCAGUUUAUUCUCAGUGUAUUGUAAUUAGUUAUCUACCGGUGUGGAAUAAUGUCUUGGAUUUUAGUAAGCUGAUACGUAUGAAGGGUAUACUAUGUUGGCAUUUCGUUUUAGGUUAACUACAUUACACACAUGAAUGAUAUAAUUUACCAUUGCCUUGUUCCAGUUUGGCUACCUGAUAUAUACUAUACAAUCUAGCCUCAUAUCGUUUUAAAGUUCAUUUUAUAAAAUAUACAUUGUAGCGGUAUAUCAUUUUAGGUGAUAUAUAUCAAGGAUAUAAUGUGGCGUCAUAUCAUUUUAGGUGAUAUAUAUCAAGGAUAUAAUGUGGCGUCAUAUCAUUUUAGGUGAUACAUAUAAAGGAUAUAAUGUGGCGUCAUAUCAUUUUGGCUAAUACAUAGCAAGGAUAUAAUGUGGCGUUAUAUCAUUUUGGCUAAUAAAUAGCAAGGAUAUAAUGCAGAUUCAUAUUGUUUUAAAUAGCUGAUACAUAUUAAGGCUUCGGUAUAGCGUUAGUUUUGAUUAGUUGAAAUAUAUAUAUUAAAAAAGAUAUAAUGUGUCCUUUUAUAUUGUUUUAGGUUGAUAUAUUUGAAGAAAAAGAAAAAGAAAUGUGCACGACGUUUAGAAGCAAUCUGAAUAAUUAACAUAACCAACAUUCACUUGGAGCAUGCUUAACUCGGCUCGCUAGUUACGACCAAUCACGCAAUAGAUUAAGGCCAGGCUGCGGCAGUCAUGUGACUUCUGGUGACGUCGUAACGACCAACAUGGAGCGACGUCGUCGUUUUACUCAACAGCGCAGUAUCGGGGAGGCGUUUAGUAAUUUUGUGGGAAAUGGAGCGAGCCGCUUUCGGAAAUUAGUAACUCGUAUGAACAGACAAAGACAGUACGGGUCCAUAUCAAACAUUCCUGGUCAAUCACCUGGUGUUUCUGAGGAACACGUGACGUCGACAACAUGUGAACCUCGGUCCAAUCAUCAACAAGCUGUCCAAGAGGCUAAAAUUCACGAGGAUAAAGCACGUGCAGUUUGUGCUCAAAAUGAGGCGGUGUUGCGAUUACUUAUGAAACGUGAGAGGGUGAGAAGGCUUUCACUUCAGUCGUCUACUCCGGAUUGUCAACCAAGCGAAUCGGGAAGAAUGACGAGGGAACGAAUAAGGUGCACACCAUUGCCAUCGGGUAGAAAUCAAACACGAUUAGAACCAGGAGCGUUGCCGGGAGAAUAUGGUCGGCUGUCUGCCAACCCAGAGAGCAGGGACUCUUCGGGUUCCAAAGAACAUUCCCAUCAUGCAUCUCGUGCCCUGAUGCCAUCUGUUGGAGGAGUUCAUGGUAGUCGCCAAAUGGCACGUGGUCUCAUUAAAGCUAGUGGCUACACCCAUGACCACAGACAUUCAGCGUCAAGUGGACUGGAGUGUCAAUCACUUAGUACAAACACUACUUGUACAGGCAACAGUAAUGGUGGUUCUAAGGAUCUGGUCAACCGUCCUGGUGGUUCUAAGGAUCUUGUAAGAGGUGUCAUACACGACUGUGAUGCUAUAUACAGUGAUGGACAUCACAAAAGCCAAGGAAGCCAUGAUACCAUACUAAUAAAUAUUGACAACAACGAUGUUCAUCCGUCUGAGGCUGGGAUGUCACACGAAUGUAAUGAUGUCACGGAUGUCGGCGAACAUCUCCCAGCAUCAGUUACAACAGAACGGAAACAUACAGGGCGUGCUUUCGGGCGAUACAUUGGUAAACAGGCAGGGCGGUUUCGAGCCUUGGUUUUAAAAUUAAAUGUAAGGAAUCGUCGAAGAUCGUCGGAUGAUAGUUCAGAUAGUACGUUAGGGUCUUCGGCUAAAGAAGACUCGUCUUUAAAAUAUAAAAUACAACCAAACGAAUCAGUUGAUAGAACCAGUUUCCAUUCUAUAAAUGAUAUGGAAACUGUGUCAGACUCUUGUAAGUAUCCGUCUGAUAUGGUGCCUUGUGGUGGCGCCAGUGGUGGUUGUGGCGGAGACAGUAGCGGCGAUUGUUGUGGUGCAGUUAGCAGUCACGAAUCGCAGUCAUUGGCGAGAGACUCAAUCAGUAAGAAAUCUAUAUUUGAGCCUCGUACCAAUAUUGAAAAUAUGUGUUCCAGCAAAGAAGUGGUGAAGAAAAAACUUCAACGGUCGAGGAAAGAAAGAAUUGGAAAUUUGUCAUACAAACACGUACAUACUAAUGAAAUCAAGUAUAGCAACUGCUCGCAAGAACCACGCACUGCGGUGGUGGGAAACAAAAACUGGAAUGUAGUAUCAUCUGAUGAAAUCAUUCAAAACCGUCACAGUGUUAGACAGUGGUCCAGUCAAUCAAAUAUCAGCUUUGUUGAACAAGAGCAGCGUAACAACGUUCUAGAAUCAGUUGCCCAUCCUGAAGAAGCAACAGUCAUCAGUAAGAAACGAUAUCUACCACUGGCUUCUGACAUAUAUUCCCACACUGUUGAUGUGACUAGUAUGUCAUCUCAGAUCACGGGAAGAGUCGAAGCAGAUGCUAACAUAAAAACCAAACCUGCUAAGAAACCAUUUUACAAACGAAUUAGUGUUGAUCGCCUUGCAACAUUUGUGACAAAACGUUCUGGACAUUUUCAGAAAUUAACGACAAAAUCGAACUCUAAUGACUGUGUUUUAACAGUUUUUCAAAGUCCACACGCAAACGAGGAUACUGAUAAUCAAACACCAACAUUAGCGACUAAGACUAUUAGUCUUCAUGAUAGUUGCACGGCGAGUUCGACCGACAGGUGCAUUCCAGAUGCACUUGACUUUCUGAAAAUGGACACUGAGGUAGGCGACUCCAGUCGUUCAUCGUCCGGCAAAACUGACCAAACCUCGCUUGUAAACCACCAAGGUAAGAUGGGCUUAGAUUCCUCCGAUAAUAAAUACAUCUACGAUCACACUGUAAUGGCGACCACAAAAGAAGAAUGUGGUUCACAAGGGUCAAAUGUGUUUGUUUUAGACAAGAAACGGGAAAAAGAAGAAAGCAAAGAAAAUAGUAGUUGGAUAAAGCUUGAUAUAAAGAAAUCAGACAUGUUACACGUUGCCGAAUCCACCCCCACCCUCCUCGAUAUUGGCCAAGAUGUCAGUGAAAAGAAGGUAUUGGGCAAAACACAGUCUUGUAGUCCAAGGUUCCUACGAGCCAGCCACAUAGAAAGACAGGACUUCUCCCAAGUUUUAACUUUCCUCAGCCUAAGUAGCAUCAUUACGGCGAGUAAUGAACGCCUUCUGUGCAAACUUGGCGUCGAUUCGUUGAUUGACAUCUCGAGUGUCGCGUUCGAGUCCCCGCAACAACGCAGGGUCUGUUACCCAUGCGUGUGCAGAAAACACAACCACUUCCGGUCCAGGCUUAACAUCAACAUUGAAGACAUUGAAUGGGAAAAUAUCGAGGAACAUUUUAUAGACAUAAACAAAUUUAUCGAAGGGGCUAGAUUGUCGGGGAAAUCCGUUCUUGUUUACAGUUACCAUGGCAAUUCGCGAGCUGCUGCUGUCGUAAUUCAGUAUUUAAUGCGUCAUUUCCGGAUGUCGGUAUCGUCAGCUUACAGUCUGGUAAUCUCACGAAGACCAUCUGUGUGCUUGAACCCUGGCUUCCAGAAAGCUCUUAAAAGGUUGGAGACCAAGUUAUUUUCAGAGUGGAAGGAAACCGCUCCUUGUGAAACUGAUAUUGAAAACUAUAUGCUGAAACCAGCAGUAAAACAGGCUUGGACAGGAUGCUUAGACUAGCCAUUUCUGGUGCAUUCAUGUAAAAUUGCUACCUGCACUAUGUUACAUAUGUAUGUGAUGUUGGUUCUUCUUCAUCUUAUAUGUUGGAUAUAUUUUGUCAAUAUUACAAUAUUAUUUAUUUGAAUAUUAAUUGUGUAAUAUUACCAUGUAUUAGUUUAUUUAUGAAUUUGGUAGUUCACUUCACAGAUGAUCUAAUUAUCUUCCUAAAGAUAUCUAAAGUCCGUCCCAUACUUCUACACAAAUGUUUUUUGUAAAUAAUUUCAGUUUGGUUUGACGUAGGAAGAAAAGUAAAAGUGUUUCGGAAAUAACAAAAAAUACUAUUUCUGUGUGCAAUUUAAAAAAACAAUCGGCUCAGAAAUAAAUAAUUUGUAUUAAAUUCCAUAGUAUAAAAAAAGGCAUUCCCUAUGGGAAGGACUUGAGGUCUACAUUUUAAAUGAAACUACAAUAAACUUAAUUCUAUAAUUCCAUUUUAUUAAAAAUGUUGCUAUAUAGCAGUGGAUAUAAUUUCAGCAGCUGAUGACGUGUUACGGAUUAUUAUGGACUUUAAUGUCUAUAUGAGUAGAGAACACUACAUGAGUAGCCGUUGGAUACCAUUUGUCUUAUAUCGAGUUGUAAGAGAAGUUAUAUCUAACAGAUACGAAUGUAAUAUUCUAUUUCUGAAAUAAAUUAUAAAUAUAAAUUAAAUAAUACGCCAUAGAGCAAUCAGUGUCGAUUGUGUCUUUUUUGUUGUUGUUGCAUGGUGUCUGUAGCUACCGGAUCAUCACCAUGAAGCAACCAGUCACUAGUCCCAUAAGUGAUCUCGUGGUGUAUUUUAGAAAUAUACUCAUUAUCAAUUUCUAUCUGUAUCGAACUUCUAACCAUGGAUAUGGAACGUGAAUGCUCAUUACGGUCAGCUGACCUACAAAAUAAUAAGAAGGUUUUGCUAGAUAAUAUAUAAAUUUGGGUUGUCUCGAAACUUAUUGUUCUUAAAUGGAUGUUGUGCUCAACCCCACAAAGGUUAUUCCAAGAUCUUUGGAUUAAACAUAUUUAGUUGCUGUAAAAAUAAACUGUUUUGGGAUUGGUCAA